UAAAAUUUCCCAUUCAUUCAAAUUCAGUAGGCAAAAAUGGCAUCAAUUAUGAGUAGUAUAUUUAUAUUGUGUGUAGCAAUAAUUCUGACAUUAGUUCCGGCCGGGUAUGGGAACGGUGAAGGAGACGCAUUGACGGCCCUGAGAAGUAGCCUCUCGGAUCCUAAUAAUGUGCUUGCAAGCUGGGACCCGACCCUUGUUGAUCCCUGUACUUGGUUUCAUGUCACCUGCAAUGACCAGAAUCAAGUUACUCGUUUAGACUUGGGGAGAGAAAAUCUGAGCGGGCACCUCGUAUCUGAGCUUAAAACGCUGCAAAAUCUGGAAUAUAUGGCCAUGUAUGGGAACAAAAUUAAUGGAAAUAUUCCUGCUGAAUUAGGUGAAUUGAAGAGCCUAAAAAGUCUGGAUUUGUUCGAGAACAACAUUUCAGGGACCAUUCCUCCUUCCUUGGGAAAAAUGAACUCACUCUCUUUUUUACGACUCAAUAACAACCGAUUGACCGGAACCAUUCCCUCCGAACUUGCGAAUAUGUCAAACCUCAGAAUUCUGGAUCUGUCGAACAAUGAUCUUUGUGGAACAGUACCUCCAGAACUUGAACACAUUCCUAUUAAAUACUUGGAUAAUAAUCCUCGACUUGGACAUCCAUGCUGAGCUUCACCGUGAAGAUUGAAGGGAGCAAGUUUUACAAUAACCUUAUGCUAAUACUAUUUUUUUACUUUUUCUUAUGCGACUUUAUAAUAUCAUUAUAAAUUUAGUAUUUAAUUUUCAUAU